UCCACUGAUACGGAGGCAGGAGAUUAGUUUGAAUCUUGUCGGAGAUUAUCCCGCUUAGGAUGCACUGAAGCGCUCAUGAAGACUAAUGUGAACUUCUGAAUUUGGGGGGCAGCAGUGAGACCUACACUCACCUGUUAAGCAGAUUGAUGAGACAGAAGAUGGGAUCCCCAGUUACAGUUGUGUCUCUGUGCCCCCUCAGGUGGAUCUUCAUCCUGGUCGUCUUUGUGCAGCAGCUCAAUGCAGGAGGAAUUGAUGGCCCAUGUCAAGGCAGAGACUGCUCCAUAUGUCAGUGUCUUCCUGCCAAAGGUGCAAGGGGAGCUCCAGGGAAGCCCGGCCAGCGAGGCCCCCCGGGACCAAUGGGACCAUGGGGACGUGAAGGGCCACUCGGAGAGAAAGGCAGGAGGGGAGCAGAGGGCUCACCUGGCCCAGAGGGGCCCAAAGGAGACCGCGGCCAGACUGGUGUUCCUGGUUUUCCUGGUAAUGAUGGCUCAGCGGGCCACCCUGGAGCAGGAGGUGAGCCUGGUUUGCCAGGAGUGGAUGGCUGUAAUGGGACAAGGGGUCGACCAGGAGUCUUUGGUAUCCCUGGUAUCGAUGGUCUGCAUGGGCCACCGGGAUUACCUGGACCUAAAGGAAUAAAAGGAGAACCUUUGUAUGGCAUUGCCCUUCCAGGGCGUCCAGGGGACCCUGGUAGAGAUGGACAGCCUGGUCCACCUGGAGGACAAGGAAACCCUGGGCCUAAAGGCUACGCUGGCCCUCCUGGCCCUCCUGGACUCGAGGGCUUUGAAGGGCCUAGAGGUGCGAGAGGACCACCAGGCGACCCUGGAGGAUCACUGGCAGGCGCUAAAGGUGACAAUGGUGAGCAAGGCCCACCUGGCCCUCAAGGACCAGAAGAAGUCAUCGAGUUUCCACCAGAGUUUCUUCCACCCAAAGGUUACAAGGGAGACUGGGGUCCUCCUGGUCAAUGUGGACAAAAGGGUGUAAGGGGUGGUAGAGGAGACUACUUCAUACAAGCAGCUAAAGGAGACAGAGGAAUGCCUGGUUCUCCUGGACAGAGAGGUCCUCCAGGACUUCCUGGUAGAGAUGGAUUGCCAGGAUCUGAGAGUCCACGUGGAGAGAAAGGAUUCCCAGGUCUCAUUGGAAGAAUUGGACCAAAGGGUUACCAAGGAGAUCCAGGUCCCCCAGGUCCCCUGCUCUUUUACAAUGGAAGUGAUGCCAGAGGUGUUAAAGGUGACCGUGGGUAUCCUGGCCCAGCUGGACCCCCCGGUGACCCUGGGUAUAUGGGCAUGCAUGGACCUCCUGGUCCACCAGGGUUAACAAUACCAGAAGUGCCAGGGCGUCCUGGUCCCCAAGGGCACCCCGGUCCCAAGGGAUACAAGGGUGAACCAGGAGGCAAUGACAUUGUUGAAAAUCCAUUUCUGGGACCAAAGGGAACCAAAGGACUCCGGGGACCUAAAGGUGUCACAGGGCCCCCAGGUCCUCCAGGAUGUGGAGAUUACUAUUGUGAGCCUGGUGACCCAGGGGAACCUGGUUACCCAGGACCUAAAGGACCUCGUGGAAACAAAGGGCUCAGAGGAAUUAAAGGUUGUCCAGGGGAUUGUAACUGUAGGUCUGGUGGGGGGAGGGAAGGGCCACCUGGUCCACCUGGUUAUCCAGGACCUCCAGGGUUACCUGGAACUCAAGGACUUAAAGGAGACCCAGGGCUGAGAGGCAAUGACGGUUCAAGAGGACCACAAGGCUUUCAGGGAGCUCCUGGUAUAAAAGGACAAAAGGGACAAAAAGGUCACGCUUUUGUGGUAGAUUUUAAAGGUGCCAAGGGUAACAGAGGAGUCCCUGGACAUCAGGGUCCUCCUGGAGCAACAGGUGCGCCAGGACUGGAUGGCUCCCCUGGUCCCCCAGGGGACCGUGGAACACCAGGUGCUGGAUAUGCAGGAUUACGUGGUCCCAAAGGUUACCCUGGUGCUGCUGGACCCAAAGGGUAUCCAGGGCCUGCUGGCUCUCCAGGUCCUGGUCUCCCAGGGCCUAAGGGCCUAUCUGGACCUAAAGGUCAUCCGGGACAUCCUGGCCUACCAGGAAUUCCUGGACGACAAGGCCCUCCAGGUGAGUCAUGCUGUCAUGAAGAUGGGAUUGGAUUACCUGGUCCUAAGGGUGAACCAGGUUCACCAGGGGUUCCAGGUGACCCAGGAAGAGAUGGUCCUCUGGGAAAUCCAGGAUACCCAGGCCCGAAAGGCAUGAAAGGAGAUGACAGUGAAACUGGAGGGAUGGGACCUCCGGGACCUCUAGGUUUAAAUGGGGAUCCUGGUGACCCUGGUCCCAGUGGAAUUCGCCUGGAUGGCUUUCCAGGCUCUCCUGGAUUGCAAGGACCACAAGGCAGGAAGGGUGACCCCGGAGAUGUCCGCUUUCCCAAACGUGGCCCUACUGGCCCACCUGGCCGCCCUGGGGCUGUAGGGACAAAGGGACGCCAUGGCAUUCCCGGAAUACCAGGAUCUCCAGGCGCACAAGGUCAACCUGGACGACCAGGUUGGAAAGGACAGACAGGAGACAAUGGUGACCCUGGGGCCACAGGUCCCCCAGGCCCACCCUGCACUGUGUGUGAUCUGACUGGAUCUCCAGGCCCUCCUGGACCUCCAGGAAACCCUGGACGGAGGGGAGUACCAGGCUACCUUGGCCAGAAGGGUUAUAAAGGAGAUAUAGGUCCUCCUGGUCAUGGACAAAAGGGCCCACAAGGUUACCCUGGCCCUCCCGCUUUGCCAGGCCUAGCUGGACCCAGGGGCACCACUGGCCCCCCAGGAGAUCCUGGGAUCGAUGGCAGGCCAGGACAGAAAGGUGAAAGGGGUUACCCAGGCAGGGCUGGGGCCACAGGAUUACCAGGUCCUCCUGGACCUCCAGGAAAAAGAGGUAAUCAAGGAGAGAGGGGCUUUGAUGGUCAGCCAGGUGACCCCGGACUCCCAGGACAGCCUGGCAAUAAAGGUGUACGUGGUCCACCAGGAUUACCAGGACCAUCAAGGCUCGUGAAUAUAACAAAAGGCCCACAGGGACUUAGAGGAAGGAAGGGGGAAUUGGGGCCACCAGGACCUGCAGGCUUAAAGGGCCCAAGGGGAGUGCCAGGUGACUCAGGACCUGAUGGAUGGCCGGGUUCGCCAGGGUUUAAAGGCAGCACUGGUGCUCCAGGCAGAGCAGGAAUACCAGGAACUCCUGGGUACUCUGGAAUCAAAGGUUUCCCUGGUCCAAGGGGAAAUCCUGGAAAUUCUGGAGAUCCGGGAGAUCAAGGGCCUCAAGGACAUUUGGGUAUCCCAGGGCUACCAGGAUUUCCAGGAGCCAAGGGUGAGCCAGGACUGUCUUAUGGACAACCUGGUCCACGUGGACCCAAAGGAUUGCCAGGGGAGGAUGGUCCUCAUGCACCCAGAGGAAGUCCAGGAGAUCCAGGGGACCCAGGAUUCCAGGGAAGAGCAGGACAGCCUGGACGACCAGGCAUUGUUGGGGAACCAGGACAACUAGGAAGACCAGGCUACUCAGGACCUCGUGGCCCAUCAGGUCGUCCAGGUCCUACAGGUCUUCCAGGUGAUCAUGGAGGUCAGGGACCACCAGGCCCACCUGGCCCUGAUGGGCCCCAAGGGCCCCCUGGACCACCAGGUUUGGAUGGACUGGAUGGACUUAGAGGUCCAAAAGGGAUAAAAGGAGCAAAGGGCAUGGAUCACCCUGGCCCAUCAGGACCAGAUGGUUUUCCUGGAGCCAAAGGUAUUAAGGGCCAGCAAGGGCCUCCAGGAGCCUUUUUACCAGGGCCCAAAGGCCAGAGGGGUCCACCUGGCUACACAGGUUUUCCAGGUAUUCCAGGGGAACCUGGUAACCCUGGCAUAGAAUGCUACACACCUUUGCCAGGACCCCACGGAGAUUUAGGAUAUGAUGGACCUCCAGGGCCCCCAGGUCCUCCUGGGGAGCCGGGCCUUCCAGGCAGCAGCAUUUUUUCCAAAGGAGACCCAGGCCCUUAUGGCCUCACAGGGUUACCAGGCCGUAAAGGAGAUAGGGGUCUCCCAGGGCCUGCAGGGUCUCAGGGCUACCCGGGACUUACAGGACAGAAAGGUGAGAGAGGUCCUGAUGGUUCUAUAGGUCCUCCUGGACCCAAAGGUCAGACUGGGGUCCCUGGGCCUUGGGGCCACAAGGGAGUAACUGGCUCAACUGGAGAGGCAGGUCCCAAAGGUGCUCCUGGUGACUUUAUUAGGGAACGUCCAGGGAAUGCUCCCCCAGGACUCCGAGGACCUGCUGGUGACCCAGGACCUCCGGGAUACCCUGGUGAUGCAGGUCCUCCCGGGACUCCAGGACGUAAAGGCCAGAAGGGUGCCAUAGGGUACGUGGGCCUCCCUGGCAAAUCAGGUCCUGCUGGUCUUGACGGUCCUGUCGGAGACCAAGGAGAAGUUGGUCAGCGAGGAUUUACUGGACCUCAAGGUGUCGCAGGUCCACCCGGUGAUAUGGGUGCACCAGGCUACGGGGGAGCAUCAAGGUCAGGCUUCCUUUUGGUUCUCCACAGCCAGUCAGUUCAGGUGCCACAGUGCCCUGGAGGCAGCAGUCAGCUUUGGGUGGGCUACAGUCUGGUCUACUUGGAGGGACAAGAGAAGGCUCACACUCAAGAUCUGGGCCAGGCUGGCUCCUGCCUCCCUGUUUUCUCCACCAUGCCUUUCUCCUACUGCAACAAAGCUGCCUGUCACUACUCCAGUCGCAACGACAAAUCCUAUUGGCUCUCCACCACCGCUCCCAUACCCAUGAUGCCACUUUUUGGCCAGGCAAUUAGGACCCACAUCAGCCGCUGUGUGGUGUGUGAGACAGGUGCGCCUGCAGUGGCUUUUCACAGCCAAGAUCACACAGUCCUUGCAUGCCCACCUGGCUGGAGGAGCCUGUGGACGGGCUACUCUUUCCUUCUGCACACAGGGGCAGGUGAUGAGGGAGGUGGCCAGUCUCUGACUUCUACUGGUAGCUGUCUGAAGGAUUUCCGGACUCACCCCUUCAUAGAGUGCCAGGGUGCGCGUGGCUCCUGUAACUACUUUGCAAACCUCUACAGUUUUUGGCUGACUACUGUGAGUCAGACAGAGCAGUUCAUCACCCCGAGCCCUGGCACCAUCAAGACAGCCGACCAACAGCGACGCAAGGCCAGUCAGUGUCACGUCUGCCUCAGAGAACAAUAGAGUAGGGCUCUCAUGGUCAUGAAAUUCCUGGAAAGGUUAAGAAAUUAGAAAAAUGGUUUUCCAGGCCUGGAAAUUGUUUUGUAUUAACAGAAUGUUUUGGAAAAGUUUUGAGUAUAUAUUGUUUGGCUAUGGUUUAGAAUAUGUUCAUAAAAAAUCUCAAAACAUGUUUAACAUUACACAAAAAACAUAUUAGUGCCGUGCUGCGUGACUGUUAAAACAUCACUAGUAUCACAUGAUACACAGGCCAGUCCAACAUUGCAUCAUCACCAAGGCUGCACCCCCCUUUUCCGGGUAAGAAAUGUGCUGUUACAUGAGGAGAGAAACUGGAAAAUGCUGAAAGCUGAUGUGUAGCAGGUUAACCAAGGCUUGCACACUGAGAUUUGAGGCACAUAAUAUACGUGAAUAUCCACUGUCAGUGUGGUAAAAGGCUAAAUGACGCUGGUCACAGUUACUACUGAUGGAUAGAAAGUUGAGUGGGAGGCUACUGCAGUACAGUCAUACAGUAUAGCAGGAGCAGGCUGUCUUCUCCAGCCAAAUCUCAAACAGUUGGUUAUUCACAGGCAACAGUUAACAUUACGAUACCUGGUGAUUUAAUCCAACAUGUUUAGAUGUCUGGAUGUUGAGUCAUUGAUCCAUUUGAGUGGGGGAAGCCUGAUAGGACAUGACAGCAAACAACUUUAACUUAUUAAGAUAUCACAUUUUUUUAAACAAGAAAUAAAUGCAGAUAAACUUGUAAUUACAACAAACAAAUUAUAAUCCAAACAUCUGUAUUAACAUCUAUCACUAAAAUCUCCUUUGGUCUAUCACCCAAAAGGCCUGGAUGUUUUGCAAAGUAUCCAUAGGUGCUGGUCUGGUCAGUUGGCAUACGCAGGUAGUUGGCGGCUUGAAUGUGCAUGCAUGCAUGUUUAAAGGUUUAGUGUGUAAUUCUAAAGGGAGAUAGUUGAUUAUUGAGUCUCAAUGCCAGGUUGUCAAGUACCGACACUUUGGGUUGGUGUUUCGGUCCAACUACCAACCAAAGGUUGUCAGUCCGUGAUGACCUGGCAUGAGACUCAACAGUUUUUGCAAGAGUUACAUAUGGCACUUUUUAUAAUGUAUGUCUGUAUUGCUAUGAAGGCCUAAACAUUUUAAACGACAUCAAUAAAGUCAUGAAAAUCUGGUUAAAUGUGA